AAAUAUAUAUAUAUAUAUAUAAUAUUACAUUAUUACAGUAUUUUUACAUUGAAAAAGUAUGUAACACAAAAUAUCUGUGUUUCUAGUCUUGAAUUCUUGCUACACAAAUAUACUAAGACACAUUUGCCUCCAUUUGUAUUGUGCAGACAGCUAUUGGUUCCACCACGCAGAUCAACUCUAAUUCAUGGAGGUCCUCCAAAACUAUACCGUCUACAUACAGAGAGGAAAGUGCUUGAUGAAUAUGGAAAUGUCCGAAAAUGGACUUUUGGGAUAAAAGACAGCAGUAAACAAAACAAAAUUGUACUGCUGGUGGGAGAAACCGGUGUUGGCAAGACUACUCUCAUUAACACCAUGGUCAACUACUUACUGGGAGUGAAGUUUGAGGAAGAACUAUGGUAUGAAAUCACAGAAGAAGCAGCCAGAGACCAAUCAGAAUCACAAACAUCUGAAAUCACCAUGUAUGAGGUCUGUCCUGUAAAGAGUCCCAUAUCUCUCACCAUCAUUGAUACUCCAGGUUACGGAGACACUAGAGGUCUGGAAAAAGAUCUGAAAGUUGCUGAAAAUUUAUCCACUCUGUUUCAGAGCAGCGAUGGAGUGUGUGAAGUCGACGCUGUGUGUUUUGUGACUCAAGCGUCUAAGAAUCGUCUCUCAGACAGACAGCAUUACAUCAUCAGUUCAAUUCUGUCUUUGUUUGGAAAAGAUGUUGUGAACAAUAUUGUGUUUUUAAUCACACACUCUGAUGGUCUGCCACCCAAAAACGUCAUCGGCGCCAUUGAUAAAGCUAGAAUUCCCUGCAGACGAGACCACAAUAACCAACCUGUUUAUUUCUUAUUCAAUAACCGGCAGGCUGACGCCCGUCACCCCGGAGAACGUUACGUUCGUGCUCAAAAAUGUGCCUGGGAAGACAGCAUGGAAGAGAUAAAGAAAUUCCUUCAGUCUCUGGAUGAAAAGAACAGACGAAGUUUAGAGUUGACUUCAGACGUCCUGAUAGAGCGCAUUAUAUUAGAAGCGUCCAUGUGCAACUUACAGCUGCGAGUUCAAGAGAAGGACUCGAAAAAGUCUGAAAAACUUCAGAUUCAGGAGGCAAUGAGACAAAACAUGGAAAAUAUUAAGAAGUGUAAAAACUUUACCAUAAAAUUAAGAGAGGCAGUAAAAGUAAAAGUACCCAUUGAAAGCGCUUCAUGGAAGAGCAGGAAGGCGACGACUUGCACCGUCUGUGAGGAAAACUGCCAUGAGUUUGACUGCUGGUGGGUUUCUGAUCCAAGCCAAUGUGAAGUCAUGAAAAAUGGCUUCUGCACCGUGUGUACAGGGAAGUGCCACCACAGCAAACAUGUCAAAGAAAACAAGAAAUACGUCAUCAGAAACUCAAGCAUGACAAUAGAAUUUGACGAUGUUAAAAAAGAAUAUGAAAAAGCUCAAGAACAGUCCAAGAGGUUUUCAGUUGUAAUGGAUUAUCUUGAUCAAGAUCUGCAGGAAAUUGAAGACCAACAGUCAAUUCUUCUGUCUGAAGCUUACAUGACCAUCAAACAUCUGUCUCAGAUCUCAUUAAAGCCAGACUCUGCGUUCACUCUUCAGCAUCUCGACUUUUUCAUCCCCAAACUGAGGGAGGCUGGGAAACAAGACUGGGUCCAAGAGCUGGAGGAAUUGAGGAGAACCGCUGAAGCAGAGGAAGCCAAUAAAGAUGCUCUGAGUUACCUAAAAGCCGGUCUGGCAAAACUGAAUCUUUUCUUUAGUGGGCAAUGAACAAAUGCAGACAGUAUAAAACCAUGAAAAUGAAGACGACUGCUUACAAUGAGAAAUCAAUGCAAGGGACUUUCUGUAGAUCUGAAGAUAAUAUUCAAGUUAAUUUAAUCAUUGUAUGAGCCAUUCAAUUUAAUUUGUUAAUGUCAAAGUGACACUACAGUAAGUGUUCCAAGCAAAUGA